GAAAGGAAAGGAAAGGAAGGCAAGAUUUGCGCUGUGGGUGUUAACAAAGAUUCAUCUGGAUCCUGGAGGAGUUUGCCUCCAUGUACCCCGAAUCCACCACGGACUCCCCGGCCAGAUUCUCAAACCGACAUACUGGAUCCCCAGGUAUGAUUUACAGUGCUCGUUAUGGAAGUCCGAAAAGACAGCUCCAGUUUUACAGAAACCUCGGGAAAUCUGGAUUGCGCGUUUCCUGCCUCGGUCUAGGAACUUGGGUGACGUUUGGAGGACAGAUAACCGAUGAGGUAGCCGAGCAGUUGAUGACUCUUGCUUACGACAACGGCAUCAACCUUUUCGACACAGCCGAGGUCUACGCCGCGGGGAAAGCCGAGACGGAGCGAGGACUUUCCAGAAAGCACAUUAUAGAAGGUUUAAAGGGGUCCCUAGAAAGGCUACAACUGAAUUACGUGGACGUGGUGUUUGCCAAUCGGCCGGAUCCUAACACACCAAUGGAAGAGACCGUACGAGCCAUGACGCACGUCAUCAACCAAGGGAUGGCGAUGUACUGGGGGACUUCACGGUGGAGUUCCAUGGAGAUUAUGGAAGCCUAUUCUGUCGCACGGCAGUUCAACCUGAUCCCUCCGAUUUGUGAGCAAGCCGAAUAUCACAUGUUCCAACGGGAGAAGGUCGAAGUUCAACUCCCAGAGCUGUUCCACAAGAUCGGCGUGGGGGCCAUGACGUGGUCCCCGUUGGCGUGCGGGAUCGUGUCGGGGAAGUACGACGGCGGGAUCCCCCCUUACUCGCGAGCGUCACUCAAAG